UUUUUCCGAGAAACGCAGGCUUUGUUAACGCACAAAAAAUUCUUAGAACCUGAGAGUUUUAGAUCAUCAUUCGCUUAAUAUUUUGCUAAGACGAUGUCUUCUGAAGAGGAUGGAGAUAAACCUGUGGGAGAAGGGGAAACUUUUGAAACCUCUACUGAGAAAAGUAGAGCUGAAGGUGACGAUGGUAAAGGUGCAAACGAACGUAAGAAGGACACAGAGGAAGGUAAAAAAACGCAGGAACGUAAUACACUCGUACACGCCAUUCUAUUUACUGGUGCAAUUCUAUGUAUUGGUGUAGCUAUCUACUUUGCUCGUCCUAAGAACGAAAUAAAGGCUGACUUUGACCUGGUGAGAGUCUUUAGAAAUGGGCUUGAAAAUUUACAGACCCCAUUCGCUAAUCAGACCCACCGGUUCUGGAAGAUUUUAAGAAGUCGCGGAUUGGCUCAUCUACAGAGUAAGGAUCCCUUACAACCACUGGUGUUCUUACUGGCUGCACCUCCAGCAGCACAUGAAUGCGUGGAUUGCCUGGCCAUUAAACUAGCAAAUAUGCUGGAUCCAAGACAUAAAGAUACUUUGGCUAGAUUUUGUGGCGAAGAAGAGAAAGCAAAUCCUCCAGAAAAGACUAAAAUAAGAAUGGACAAUUUCCUGAAGAAAAAAAUUGAGGCUCUUCACAGGGUAGUGCUCAUCCAUCACCUUGAGCUUCUUCCGCCACCCUCACCACAUCUUUUUCACUCUUAUUGUGAUGAUCAAAACGCACCAUAUAAGCACUUGGCCAUUAUUUUUACGGUACAUAUGCCAGUAGAGCCCAACUCAUCUCUGUCUCCUAAACAAGCAGAGGAAAGUGUAAAGAAAUAUCUUUCAGGUGAUGUUUGGGCAAAGGAUGAUGUGGGUGAAGUUGCUGCUCUCCUGGUCCGCGUUGCUUAUACCGUGGUUCUUAUGAAUGGUGAAAGUAGUGGUUCAGCAAGGGACUUCUGUUCUGAAUCAACUAACUGUUAGCAGGGAUUGGUAGGAUGAGUUAGUGAAUUACUGUUACUCUGUCAGACACAGGAUUUAACAGAAUGUAGCAAAUUUAGAGUUUAGUCAACCAGGGGAUGUUGUCUUGAUUGAGCACUUAAUUUUCAGGAGAAACCAAUAGAAAAUGUAAGAUUUUCAGGCAGGAGAAUUAUAAUUUAGAUCUAGAGUGUGAAAGGAGUAUAAUUUGUAUGCUGAGGUCAAAUAGGUAACAACUGAUUGCUUCCUUUUCAUAAUGGAAAAUAUGGACUUUCCAGGCUACUUUGGUUUGUUUCUGUAGAAUGUCACAAAAUAAGAACUAUUGACUAUUCACAGAAUGAAAUAGAUGGUCAACAAUGCAUGCAAUUUAACAUCUUAAUUAACGUUUUUGUCUGUCAAAGCUAGAGCUUUCAUACACAUGUUAAUUUUAGGCUGGCAAACUAAAGGUAGUCCAAAAGACUUGUCAAAUUUGAUUAAGAUUGUGCCAUUCAUCUUCAAACCCAGGGAAACUGCUAAGUGUUCACAACAACUUGAUGUCAAUAAGGGAACACUUUUGGGUCUAAAACUUUUUGGGAUACUGUAGAGAUUAGUGCUUGAUUUAAGACACUAGUGUUCCAUGUAGAUACUAGGAUUCAAUUGUUGACAUUGGUGUCUGAUUUUAGGCAUUAAUGUCCAAUUUGAGAUAUUAGUGUCUAAUUUAGACAGUAAUAUUCAAUUAAGAUACUAGUGUUCAAUCUACACACACAUCUGAUUUCAGUCACUGUUGUCCUGGUGUAAGAUUCAUCUAAUUUAGGGCACUACUAGUCAAUCUUACACACUAGUGUCCAAUUUUAGGUGGUGUUCGAUUUUAAACAGUAAUGUCCAGUGUCAGAUAGUGACCAAUUUUGGACACAAGCUUGGUUUUAGGCACAACCAUUUUAUUUCCCAACAGAGCUAAGUUAUUCUUCUAUUAAUCCUGGGUGACUUUUUUUAACUCUUAGUCCAUCUUACCAUCUGAAUGGUUAUUUUCUGUUAAGAUUUUUUCAUAGAUAAGUGAUAUUCAGCAUUCAUGUUUUCUGACCAGGGUUUCAUAAUUUUUGUCAGGUCCUGUAUCCAUUGACUGCCAGGCACUAAAGACUUCUGGAAUACAAAACCCUCUGAUGAGAGUUUCACUCUCUACAAGUGUUUAAUAACUCUAACUACUGGUAUAUCUGUAUUUAAGAUUUGUGUAUUUAGCCUUUUAUUUUGUCUGUAUGGUUAGCCAGGAUAUUGAAUUCAACUAAAGAAAGUUGUUUGUACCAGUAUAAAAUGAUCCAAAUAUAUUCCUGUCUGAAAAAUUCAUAUAAGACAUCCUUGAAUGGAAUGUAAUCCAACAGAGUUCAUUGAAGAAAGAAAAUACAUUUACAAUACAGAAUAAAUAUCAGUAACCACACAAUGAACAUUUUACUUAUCUUAAGCUGGUUAAGAAACAAUGUGAACUACUUACUUUCACUAUAAUUU